AUGGCAUCCUUCGCCGGUAAAGUCGUAGCCAUCACUGGCGGUGCCAGUGGUAUGGGCCUUGCAAUCGCCAGAACGCUUCAUGACAGAGGCGCGAAGCUCAGCAUUGCAGACUGCAAUGCAGAGAAUCUGGCUGCGGCUACAGCUGCCAUCAGUUCUGACACCAGCAAGGUUAUGACCUACGAGCUCGAUGUCAGAAAUCUAACACAAGUUCGAGACUGGCUCGUCCAAACCAAAGAGAAAUUCGGACGUCUCGAUGGUGCUGUGAACUUUGCCGGCGUCAUCAGUCACACUAUGGGAUCGCUGGUGGAGGAUCAGGACGAGGAAGACUGGGAGAGGAUCAUCGGGGUAGACUUGACUGGAAUGAUGCAUUGCAUCAAAGAAGAGGUGAAGUUGAUGGAGAAAGGGGGAUCCAUCGUUAAUGCUGCGAGCCUUGCUGGCAUCAAAGCAUUGCCUGGAUCCGGAGCUUAUGGCGUAUCGAAACAUGGCGUGGUCGGCUUGACCAGGGUUGUGGCGACUGACUACGGACCGAAAGGCAUUCGUUGCAACGCAGUCGCCCCAGGCUGCAUCGACACACCAAUGUUCCGUGUCGUGAACGAGGGUAAGGGAGAGCAACUCGCAAAGCGCAUUGCUGCUUUACCGAUCGCCCGCAAAGCAGAAGCUGAAGAAGUCGGGGAAGUCGUCCUCUUCUUGCUUAGUGAUGCGGCGAGCUACAUCACUGGACAAACAAUCAGUGUCGACGGAGGCUGGAACGUGUAG